CAUUUGGCUUAGUUUUAACAUUAUCGUAUUUAUUUCUCGUUCCACAGCAUCCAGCAUCCGAAGAGGACCGUUUUACAAAGAGUACUCAACUAAUUUUUUUGCCGUACGUACUAACAUAAAAUUAACCGCCAAUUAGUAGUUGGAACCUUGCCACUAAACAUUUUUCGGUAAUCCAUUUUUUAACUUAAUUCAUCCUUUACUUACAGCCUCGCUCUCUCAUUUUUAAACGUCCUCGGGGCACGGAUCUUACCCAUAGUUGGGCUCCCCCCCCCCCCCUCAUCAGGGAGCAGCUGCAGACAGAAGAAAAAUCAUCUCUUUACGAACGGCGCUUUACGCUGGCCGAAAAACUCUCCGUGUGCGUACAGCUCCCGCAACCAGCAUGGCGUACGGUCGAAGCUUUUGACCCAUUCAGUCACGACAGCCGUUCUGCCCGGCAAUCAUUCGGCAGUCGGAGAACCGCUUGCGUUCGCUCUCUCGGCACGGUUUGGCGCACACCGUCGCGUACGUUCGCGAUAGAUCUUUGCGUGUCGCGCCCAGCAGUUCAUGCUCGUUCGCGUGCCGGAACGGUUGUGACUCUCGCGGUGCUCAUCGUCGAAUAGAGCCGGUUGGUAGCUGCGUUUGGUGCACAAACCGAAGAGAAAAGAAGAGAAAAAACCGGGUGUUUUUAGCAAACAUAAGGCGAGGUGAUAUACACGUCGGCCCGGAAGGAUCGUCCUUUAGCCUUUCCGGCAGAUCAACCCUGCUGUUCGAUGUUUGCCAGUGGAGCCGCACCGUUCGCUGGAUGCUGCUGAGCGUUCGGGCACGAUCGUAGGCCUCGCGAAAUCCCCGUGUCCUGUACUCACCCGGUGCGUGCCUGAGCGUUCGGGGGCAGCCAACACCUGCGAAUGCGGGGCACGUUGGCCUUGCCAAGGUUGUUACCCGUGGUCCGUUUCGGGUGCACCGAGCAGUUGUAAUAGAGCGCUACGACAAAAAAAAAAGUGAAGCGAUCACAGAGAAGUAGACGAGCGGAGUGUCAGUGUUUUGUCGGUGGAAAACGGAAAGAUUUCGCCCAAGAUCAUCAACGCCAAGAUCCAAGAUCGGUGAAUGAUCUUGUUGCGUGUUAGUGCGUGUGUGCACGUAUUUGUGUGAUUGGGUGUACGCGGUGUACCCCACGGAAGAAAGCGGCGGAGUCAGAAUAGUGCUGGUCGCCGGUCUAGCGAAGGUGUUGCGAACGUGUCGCACCCGGUAUCUGGUUCAGCGCAUGGAUCCCAAACGGUGAAAAGUAGCAUGGUGUGUGGUGUGGUAUGUGUAUGCGAUAGGUCCCCAACAUCAUCAUCAUCAUCAUCAUCACUGUUUGUUCUUGGCGCGAACGAACGUCAACUUACCUCUGAAUGAACAGGGUAUCUCUGCUAGAAUGCGAUACGUUGUCAGUUUUCGUGUGUUGAAUAUCGACCGCCUGAUCGAAUCGAGCCUUACGCAGAUGUGUAUGUGCUAGCGCUAGCUGUUUAUCACGUGCGUGAGUGAUUUUACGUGGGAGCUGGUGAAUAUCCGGCCCGGUAACUCACCGUUUGCUGUGUGAAGCUCUCGGGACCAGAGACAUCCCUACGAAGAUAUAUUUCUGAUAUGGUCGAUUUUCGAAAAUAGAAUGAGCCUUGUCUGGAUUUGGACCGAACGAGGAUUCCGUUGCAUUCCAGCUGUCAGUUGUAUCGUUCGAUGGUGAUUUGAAUUGUUUGGUAGCCGGCCCAAACGAUUCACAAGCUUCCAACAGACAGAAAGAAAGUGACUGCGCUAUGGCCGUGGUCUAACUACGGCAAAACUAUCUAUAAAGUUUGGAAGCUGCAUCGCCAACACCAUUCCGCAAACCUGGAAUGCACACAUUGAGGCAAAUGAAGAAAAGCCACCCGACGUGCAGCGCAGGAAGCCCGGUACCGAACCGUCCGUCUCGACGACCGGUGACAAAGUGGACAGUUUGCAAGCUGCGUGUGUUUCGUAUAUGACCGGGUAAUGCGAAAAGUGACGCGUUCCGAUGCAGUUUGCAGGCACACACCGAGUGUCCGGUUUAAGCGUAGAAUUAUUUUUUAAGGUGCAAAAGUGCAGUGCCAAGUGAUCCUUAUUGGUGCCUUUAUAGGUUCGAAACCCCAGCAAGGGUUGUGUCUUGUGGUAAGCUGCACCAUCGGUGGUCCAUUGUGCAAGUGUGUUUGUGUGUGUGUGCGUGUGUGAAGUUUACUACCUUCUAAGUGUAAGUACACCGACCGAGCGGUGUACGAUCGAUUGUGUUUCACUACGAGCUAGCUUACUAUCGGCAGUAGGUAUGACCACCCGAUGGUACUCAUCCCGCAGCAGGUUCUGCUUCCUGGUGGCGGGCUUUCUGCUGAUCGUCAUCAUACUGAUCAUGCUGGUACCGUUUAUCGCGAGGAUAAGUUCGGAACCGACCCCACCUAAUCGGUGGGAAACCGGUGGCAGCUCAACCGAUCCGGUCACGACGACGACAGAGUUCGUUACGAGGCAGAAUUUCGCCUCGGUGCGAUUUGGAUCGGUGGUCGAGUCGGAACGUGUACGACCGUUCGAAACACCGCCCAACGAUACAUCGCCGGGUGGCACGGUCGAUGGAAAAGCAGCUACAGUGCGAGAAUCGACCAGGCGGCUACCCGUGGUCAACGAUGGCAGUGGGAGCAGUAGCAUAGUAUCAUCAGUAUCUGAUGGCCACAUUAGUACCAAUAGUAUUAUUAGCAAUAAUAUAGAUAGUGACGAUGUGUCGCGGGCGCACGAACUGAAGAACGGUACGAUCGAAUACGCGUACAUUACCAAGUUGGCGCGACCCUUGCACCAAGACGAUCUGCUGUAUGAGUCCAAAACAGAUGUUUCUGAUGGACGGCGUAGCUCACAGAUCCAUGCCACUGGUGCGUUUCGAAGUAGAUCAUCCAAAAUCUGGGAUCCUCAUCCAGAGUACGAGCUCAAUGCAUUCGGUAUCAGAAUGCAUUUAAAGCUAUCACACGACGUAGGAUUUAUUCAGAAGGAUAUGAAGGUGACUCAUUUUUGGCCAAAUGAAACGUUGCGCAAACCUGAGGAUCACGAUGAAAGCAGGUUGCUGCAGGGAUGUUAUUACAAAGGUAGUGUCGUAGGCGAUCCACAGUCCACCGUUAGUGUAUCAUUAUGUGAAGGAAUGCACGGACACAUUAAGAUCACGAACGCAUCCUUUUUUAUCGAACCGACGAAGAACGUGUCAAGCGGCGACGCCAACAUUCUGCACCGCAUCCAACGGCUGAUGGCGGAUAAACCGAGCCCCGGGAACGAUGGGCGAACGCUGACCGAUGGAUCGAACACACCGGCAGAGGAUUGUGCCGUACGGACAGAUCACGAAGCUGCGGAACGAUUACUAGGCCCAGAACCGACGGAUUACAUCUUCCGUGGUCCACUCAGUCGAAGGCGGCGCAGCCUCGAACCCUUUUCCAACAACGAGUACACGCUCGAGGUGCUGGUUGCGGUCGAUAACAAAAUGCAGCGAUACCACGGCAGUGCUCUCAAAUCCUACGUUCUAACGCUGAUGUCCAUUGUUUCCAGUGUGUACGCCGAUGCUAGCAUAGGGAGUUCAAUGAAGAUAGCUGUGUCGCACAUAUCCUACAUUCAUCACGACCUUAAUGCGCAAACCAACGCCAUCGAGAAGGGAUUAGAAGGGGUGUCAGCUUCCGACAUGCUGCAGGACUUUUGCCGAUUUAAGCAAACGACCAACAUCCACCACGACGUCGCGCUGCUGCUGACCCGCGAGCAAAUCUGUCGCAACCCGGCCGAAAACAACUGCGACACGCUCGGGCUGGCGGAGCUGGGCACGAUCUGUCGCGAGACGGCAUGCGCCAUCGUGCAGGAUAAUGGACUGUCGGCAUCCUUUACCAUCGCUCACGAACUCGGUCACGUAUUAGGAAUGCCUCACGAUGACGACAACCGGUGUCAGCGAUAUCGGGGCGAUUCGUCCGGAAACAAUCGAAUUAUGUCACGCACGAUCGACCACAACACGCAUCCCUGGCAGUGGUCCAACUGUUCCCGGCAGAUACUGAGCGAGUACUUCGAAAAACAUCCAGAAAACUGCAUGCUAAACCACCCAUCGAACGAUCUGAUGAAGCAAACCGAUUCGGACCAUAUGCUGGCCGGCGAAAAGUUUACCAACAACAAGCAGUGCGAGCUGGUGUUCGGCAAUGGUUCGAAGAUCUGCUCGUAUAUGCCGACCUGCGAGCGGCUUUGGUGCAGCUGGGAGAAUGAGCUGUCCGGUUGCAAAACGCAGCACAUGCCCUGGGCCGACGGUACCGAAUGUAAGGAAGGUCACUGGUGCCAGAAAGGUCAGUGUGUCCCGAUCGACCGGACAGCGCUGAAACCUCAGAACGGUGGCUGGAGUGCGUGGAGUUCCUUCGACACUUGCUCACGCACCUGCGGUGGAGGUGUUCAGAAGCGUACGCGCGAAUGUGACUCACCGAAGCCAAAAAAUGGAGGCAAAUUUUGUACCGGAUUAAGGCUUGAAUAUCGUGCCUGCAAUACACACGCCUGCCCGAACUCGCGGUACAACUUCCGCGAGGAACAGUGUCACGAGUGGGACGGACAGAACUUUGACGUGCCCACGCUGGAGCCGAAUGUCCGGUGGAUCCCGAAGUAUGGUGCACCGGUCGCGGACCAGUGCAAGCUGAUGUGCCGUGCGCAGGACAAGAGCCUUUACUUUAUGCUGCGUGAGAAAGUCAUUGACGGUACACCGUGCACGUUUCCGGAGGAUAGCUUCGACAUGUGCAUUAAUGGGCAGUGCCGUAAGGCGGGUUGUGAUUAUGUGCUUAACUCCGACGCCAAGCUUGAUCAGUGCGGUGUGUGCAAAGGGGACAAUUCGACCUGCCGUGCGGUGAACGGGCUGUUGUACCUCGGCAAGCAGAACAGCGUGCACAAGGUGUCUGCGGACAACUCGAUGGAGUUCCACAUACCGGACGGAGCGACCAACAUCAACAUCAUUCACACCGGAUACACGAAGGAUGCAUGCUUUUUGAGUUUGAUGAGUGGCAAUGAAAUCAUCUUCAAUGAUCCGAAACAUCCGACGGCGCACUCCAGCAAACAUCGACUGUUUGCCGGUGUGCGGCUAGAGUACACCGUGCACGGUACGCAGGAACGCAUUACAUCCACCUACGGACGACCGUUGCGGGAAAAGCUGACGGUGCGCAUAGUUCGCAAACCGAACAACGAUAAAAAUUUUAACGGCCAGGUCGAUUACAAAUACAUGGUACCGAUACACCCAUUCGGGAACACACUCUCUAACGCGAUAUAUUCGAAGCACGAAAACGAACCCUACCAUCAUCCGCACCACAGUGUGCAGCAUAGUUCCCACCACAGCACGAACAGUGUGAAACGGCAUCAGCACACGGUAUCCUCACCGCCAGAAUCACCGUACCGGUGGGAAAGGACCCAAUGGAUGGAGUGUGAUCAGCAGUGUACGGGCCGGCGGCGGCGAACAUCCAUCUGCUUAAACACCGACACGCAGCAAGAAGUAUCGCCGGAAAAUUGUCACCAUUCGGUUAAACCUCAGGACAUGUACGAGUCCUGCAACACGGAGUGCAAAUUCACCUGGAAGCAAGGUCGCACAGAGUGUUCCAACCCUUGUGGAGACGGUUACAAGCAGGUCGAGUAUCUGUGCGUCCGGCUGUACCCACAGCUAGAACGCAAGGAAGAGUAUGUCGACGAGGCCAUGUGCUCGGGUAUAUUGAAACCGAUCAGCAAUCGUGAUACGCCCUGCAAAGGCUCGUGCAAGAACGCAACCUGGAACUAUUCGUCGUGGAAUAAGUGCUCCUGCUCCGACGGUACCCAGAAUCGUACCGCCACAUGUCUGUCCGACGCGAACGGUUUCCGGAUCGAUGAUGAGUACUGCGAAGCCAAGGAACGCAAAACGGUGGUUCGUCCUUGCGAUACGGAGGAGCAAGAGUGUGCCAAAUGGGUUACAGGAGAACUUACACCGUGUUCCGUUACCUGUGGCGAAGGUCAGCGAGCGUACGCGCUGCAAUGUAUGCUAAAAAAUGUGAGCGUUAAUGCUGCCUUGUGCGGUACCCGUCCAGUGCCUGUCCUAAUGAACUGCACCAUGCCGCCCUGCGAUCCAAAGCAAAUGCCUAACACCCAAUACUCAUCCUAUCUGAACGACGUACAUCCAAACCAGAGCAUGAAAAAUGGCAACUACCAACCGAACACCGAAUCUGGUAGUAGCCCUGUACUGCGCGGACAGUGGCGCACCUACAGCUAUUCGAACUGCAGUGCCGAAUGUAAGGGAGGCUUUAAGAAGCGCCUGGUGCGCUGCAUGUCCGAAACUGGUCAGGCGCUGGAGGAACGCUACUGCCCGCAUCCCAAACCUCCGACCCAGAUCAAUUGUGCCAACUUCCGCUGUCCCACCUGGACCUUUGGCCAAUGGAGCAAGUGCAAUCACGAAUGCAAACGCUCCCGUCAGGUCCUGUGCCAGGACCAUCGUGGCAAAGCAAGCGACCAAUGCUCGACGGAAAUGAAACCGCCCGAUGUGGAAACGUGUUGCAAUUUUAAAUGGAGAAUUACCUGUUCCGGAACGUGCGAUGCCGAGGGACGCCGCCGGCACCACAAAAUCUGCAAGCGGAUAUUCCCCAAGUCGAUCGAUAAUCCGCACCCGUACAAAACCGGCCGCAAGGUGGACCCGAAGUACUGUGCCGGGCUGAAAGAGCCGACGGAAAGCAAGAAACAGAAAAAAUGUAACAAACCGUGCUCAACCUACUGGAAAACUUCGCCCUGGUCUAAGUGUUCGGUUGGGUGCGGCACCGGUAGGACAGUGCGAAACGUGACCUGCACCGAUGGCCGCUUGAUCUUGCCGGGAGCCUGCAACAAAACGACGAAACCCCCAAAUACGAAGGUCUGCGAAGCGUUCGAUGGCUGUAAAUGGAAGAUAACGAAGUUUGGCAAAUGCAACUGUAAGGGUAGACAGAGUCGCACGGUCAAGUGCUUCGACGAGCUGCUGAACACCGAAUCGAACCGCUGCUCGGAGAGCACACGACCGAACAAAACGAUCGCGUGUCAAAAGCCGGCCGGUUGUCGGACGCUGUCGCGCGGUCGCCAUCACGACCCGGUCUACCGGAAUUGCAAGGAUGCUCAGCGGAAGCAUCGGACCGAUGGCGAAUAUACGAUGAGCUUCAACGGUACCAGAACGAAGAUUUACUGCCACGGUAUGGCGACGGUAUCGCCUGCCGAAUAUCUUUCCCUGCCAGCAGGUCCAACGGAAAACUACGCCAUCUACAUUAACCGACGAGCGGGCGACGCCAACAAGUGUGAAAAAUCGGCACGGCGCGAUUGGUUGGACGAGAGCAUCAGCUACGGUGCGACACACUACCGAAAGAUCCGCAUCAACGUCAGCACGCUGCAGGUGCAGACGAACGACUUCCGGUUCACUACCAGCUCCGGUAAGGGACAGGCGUUGGGAUCGGCUGGCGAUUGUUACAGCAAUACGGGCCGCUGUCCGCAGGGUGAUUUCGCGAUCAACCUCAAGGGUACGCCGUUCCGAAUUCGCCCCGGAACCACGUGGGAAACGGCCGGUGUAAAUUCCGUGAUAAACUUUCUCGUGCCGCUUCAACCACCGUACCAGAAGGUGCGAGCACUUUGUGGCGGAUACUGCGGGAGCUGCUCGGUGUCACGAAAUACCAACCUAUAUCUAGAGCUAGUAUAGCGCACGUUCGGAGCGAUUCACUGGUCACUCUAAGGAGCUAGUCCGACCUCGACGAGAUUCGAAACCCAUGACCUUACAGUGUUAGUGUUCAAGGACUGGUGUUUUCAAACGAUCACGAACAACUUCCGGCGAUCAGGAACAACUUCUGGCUUGCACUUGUCUGCUGAUGUCUACUGCUGGUCUGCUCUUCUGCUACUAGUGGAUGCGCUAGGAUGCUGUGACUAGCGGCAUAACACUGCCCAAUCUCCUCCUUUUACUCGUACCGUCCGUAACCGUCAAUAGUGUACACUGUUUUUUUCUCUCUCUCUCUCGUACGUGUGUAUGUGUGUGGAAGUGUGUGCCUGUGUGUGUGUGUAUUUAAAAACGUAAACAUCUCGAAUUAGUGUAACCCUCCAAAAUGUGCCAAAACGAUCAAGAAACGGCUGCACCAACAAUAGUGGUGGUUGUGCGUAACGGGCGUCCACUAGCUAGCCGUUCCCUAGCACGAUCAAACUGUGCCUGGCUAGUGUCCCGUAUUUGUGGGAAUGUACGGUGCGCUAAUCGUGGACAUCGGGACAGCGAAUUUCGAGUUCUGUUUUAAGGACCCAAGAAGUCGCCGCGUCCAUUGAGCAGCACCGUUUGCCGAGGAGAUAUUGGAGAUACUGUUAGCGCUUAGUCAGUACCCUGUCUGCUAUCCCGAACCGCCGAACGGGCGUUUCAUUAUCGCUUAGUUUAUUGUUAGGCUCGUUUCACAUGCUACACUCAUCAUCAACGCUUUCUCAUUCAACUGUGGCUGGCCGGUUCUCACUGCCUCGUUUUUGUCACCGAAUUACUGUACCGAUGCCCGAUGCUACCGGGUGACCAUUAUUCUUUUUUUCCCCAUGGCCCAUGGUUGCUCUUGCAACAACAAAAACGAUCAAAACGUCUCAAAAGUACAAACAAUUCGUAGCGGACCCAUCUGAAACGUUUCGUGCCCGUUUUCCAUUCCUAAACUAAAGUUAAAUCAAUGAAACGCCAAAAAAGAAACGAAAAAAUCGUAAAAGAAAUGCAAAAAAUUUUCAAAAACAAAAUGGCGAUAAAAGAAAGCAAACACAAAGCGUUUGAAGCCAAUCACGAAAUGCGUUGGUUUGCAUGAAAUGCGUACAACAAAUAUAUAAAAGUGCCCAAAAGUUCUACCUAACUGCCCGAAUGUGCCCGAAUGUUUUAAAACUUACGAAAGCCAUAGGAACAUUUUUCAAAAAAGAAAAAUCUCGCCCACACUGCUGAAAGCACCAAACGAAUAGAGAACCCGUUAAGCAAUGAUACCCGAAAAUACUCAAUAGUGAUAAAAAAACACUUAAAAACCAAACCGUCAAAGAAAAAAACGAAGAAUGAUGAAGAAAACGAAGGAAAAUCUAGAAAAAGAAGCUCGAAAAGAAAUGAAAUCUAAUUAAAUUAGUUUUGAUAGUAAAAUAGUUUCGCCGCUGCACGAAUGAAUCUCAAAACACUGGAUCAAUCGCUCUAGUAUUACCGAAAGCCCGCACUCAACCUAGAUCAAUUGCAAUCGAAUGGAAAACCCUGCUUUAGUGGAACUCGGCCACUCUCUGACCUAAACCCUACUGACCAAACUGCCACAUUGGUGAAGCUUUUCCUAAAAAUUUUCACCUGCACGUGUGCAGUGUGAAUGUGUGCUUUUCGUACGUGUGUGUGAAGUGUAUUUAAUAGUAACAAAUUGAAGUGCGUGUGUGUGUGUGUCUGUUUUUUUUUAUUUCGUUAAAGGAAAGAUAAUGGAUGAAAACUGCCAUAUUAUUGUUAAACGUAGCGUUCCUUCUGUUUUUUUUUUGUUUGGUUGGGCCAAGGAACGCCCAUACGAAUCGUUCGCAAAUCAUCGCAAAUCGCAGCGCGAGGCGUGAAGUUAGGUGAGCCAACUAACGAACAGAUCUGUAGGACGGAUCCGCUCGCUUGUAGUAGUAGUAGUAGUAGUAGCUCGUAAGUAAUAUUUUUUUUGAUAUUUUCUUUCUUAACUUGACAACGGUUUUCUCGCCGAUAAGUUAAGUAAAAAAAGCAAAUCCCAACAGCAAUCCCAAUAUUAAACUAAUAAUUAAAUUUGGUUUUGCGUUUGAAAUGGAAGUUAAGUAGUAGUAGUAGUGAUAGUAGUAUCACCCAGCAGCACUUAACGAUCUUGACAGUUGCGCAUGAGUAAGCGAUGUGUUGCAAGUAUUAAGAGUUAGAAAAUUGAAUCAGCGCAAAAUGGGGAUUAGUAACGUUGUUAUGUGACUCGUUUCGUUUAAUUAAUCUAUAACGCCAAGCAUUCGUCUAGCAGUAGGAUGCGUACUAAAACCUAAUCGAACACUAUUUAUUUAAACACUGCCGUCGUAAAGCAAACAGCAACUUAAACCGAACGCAACAUUCGGAAGUACUAUAUAAGGGGAACUGGUAGGACAAUUGUAACGAACGAAGCUUCCCGUUUGCUGUUCCAGCGCAAAAGGGUGCCACAGGGCAAAGCGAAAGAGUUAGGUCACAUUUGCAUUCGUGUUCUCAGAAUACGAACUUUCAUUUGGGUGAUUGGGUGUGUUUUGCUAUGUGUUUUAUGCUCUCAAAAAUUCAUUCAACCGGUGUAUAUAGAUCAAGCCACACCACUGCACACAGUAGUCAGUCAGGGUCGAGUGGUUCCACUAAACGCUGCAUUUCAGCGCCAUUGCUAGAACAUUACCGAUCAGCUAUUCUAGGCACCACUCACUGAACCCACUCUAGCUGUAACUGCCAACGGAACACACAAACGCAUUUUACAAGGGUACGUUAUUGUACAGCGGUUAUGCGCGGUCAUCGCCACAAACGUCCACAUGUUUAAAAUAACUCUCGAACGUUGCUUCAAACACGUGGACGCUGGUUUGAUGGUUUGUGAAACACUGCAAUCUUGAUAGUUGAUAAAAAAAAAUAAUUAUAUUAGGCUUUAAACUUUACUGUGUAACUUUAUAAUCGUAUUAUUUGCCUUGUUAUGUAUGAAAGCGCAUAAUAAACACCGAGAACGCCUUUUGAAGCAUUUGAUCGAAACAUUGGA